AUGACAGAGGAAGAGGUUAAUUUUAUAUAUGACGAUGACGAAGAUGAGGACGAUACCAUGAUUAUGUAUGAGAAUAAUGGGGGCGUUGGUAUUAAUUCUACCCAAGAUGACUUAGUAUCUAUUUCCAAGUCCAAAUCUCUAGUUAGCCAGAGUUCAGAGUUUGAUAUAGAUGAAGACUAUAGUGGCGAUGACUUAGAGUAUGAUGAACUCCUGUCUGUUCCAAUAACACAUGAAAAUAAAAAAUCGUUGAACAAUGGUAGUGUACCAAAUUUACAAUACGAGUGUUUAACUACCCAGGACAUCUUCCAGAAAAUGCUAAAUAGAGUACAUCAUAUCCAACCCAUCCUGGCUAUACCGACAGAGGACAUUUUAACCCUUUUGCAACACUUUGAUUGGAAUGAGGAAAGAUUACUAGAAGCUUGGACUGAUAGAAUGGAUGAGCUUUUACUAGAGGUUGGCAUACAUAUGGAUGAGAAUAAAAGCAGCAAGUGUAGAGAAAUUAUUCUAAAGGAAGACUUUUUAUGCUUAAUAUGCUGUGAAUCAAAAUCUACAGAGACAUUCUCAAUGGAAUGUGGACAUGAAUACUGUGUUGAUUGCUAUCGACAUUACAUCAAAGACAAGCUUCAUGGUGGUAGUGUGAUAACUUGUAUGAAUUGCUCCUUAGCAUUGAGACACGAUGAUAUAGAUAGAAUAAUGGGUAAUGACUUCAGUGCAAAGCUAAUGGAGUCGUCAAUAAAAAGCUUUGUUCAGAAACAUAACAGAAACUACAAGUGGUGUCCAUUUGCCGACUGUAAAUGUAUUAUAUAUCUUAAGGAUAUGUCCUCACUACCAGAAUACACGAGAUUGCAUUACUCACCUUUUGUAUUGUGCACCUCAGACCAUCGGUUUUGUUUCAAUUGUGGCUUUGAAGUACAUGCACCAGGUGACUGUAAGAUUACCAAUGCAUGGGUUAGAAAAGCUAAGAAAGAAUCAGAAAAUUUAAACUGGGUAUUGUCUCACACCAAAGAAUGUCCUGAAUGUUCUGUAAAUAUUGAGAAAAGUGGAGGUUGUAAUCAUAUGGUCUGUUCGAGUUGUAAAUAUGAAUUUUGUUGGAUUUGCGAGAAAGCAUGGGCUCCUCACGGGAAAAACUUCUUUCAGUGCACAAUGUAUAAGAAUGACGAUAGCAGAAAUAAAUCCACUGAUGAAAAUGCUAAAAACCUGAAAAAAUAUACAUUUUAUUAUAGAGUUUUCAAUGAACAUGAAGUAUCUGCAAAACUGGACUGGAGAUUAGGACAAACAAUAGGUCAUAAAGUUAGGGAUCUACAGGAAAAAAUCGGGAUAUCUUGGAUUGAAGGUCAGUUUUUAACCGAAGCUUUAAAAACGCUGAGUGAAGGAAGAACAGCACUUAAAUGGUCAUUUGCUCUUGCAUACUACGCCGACCCUUCUCAUAAUUUAACAAAAAUAUUUGUUGAUAACCAGGGUUUGCUUUCGAAAGCAGUUGAAGAUUUAUCGGAACUGCUGCAAAUCAAAAACGCCGACUCUAUAAUGAAGAAGAAAUUGGAUUUCUACAAUAAAGCUGGCUAUGUUGAAAAUAGAACAUUAGCACUUUUACAAUGUGGGCGUGACCUACUCUGUAAAGGAAUAUGUAAAGUUACUGAAUGA